AUGACUAUGCAGGCACCCUUGUCUUUCUUCUCCGCCACUGUGAAUGGUGUGACCCUGAAUCGCUUCAGUCAAGAUAUUAUACUAGUAGACUCGGCUCUUACUAUUGCGCUGAUGUCUUCCGCUGAGGCAUAUUUUGGAUGUGCUGCCAUUGGCCUGGUCGCCAUGGGGUCUACUUUUAUGGCGACAGCAAUGCCGGUCACACUGGUCAUACUCUAUUUCAUGCAAAAGAUUUAG